GAGCGGAAGUGACGCAAUAUUAUGGUCCGUGUGUCUAAGUUCGCCCCUCAACAUCCAACCGUCUGCUAACGCGACUUUGCAAAAAGCUCAGAAAUAACAUUAAAAAAAUGCCGUCUGGCAAAAACUUUAGGCGGAGGAGGGGCUCGUCAGAUGCGGAAGAGGAUGAGACAACUCAAGAAGUCAGAUCAAAAGUAGAAGAGGCUAAAGAGCUCCAGAGCUUGAGGAAACGACAGACUGGAGUCAGUGUGACUGCCCUGCUGGUAGGGGAGAAACUGCCCCCAGAGUCUGAAAUUGAUAAUGACCCUUUUAAACUGAAGACUGGAGGGGUUGUAGACAUGAAGAAAGUUAAAGACAGGAACAGGGACAUGACAGAAGAAGAGACGGACCUGAACCUGGGCACCUCCUUUUCGGCUGAAACUAACAGAAGAGACGAGGAUGCUGACAUGAUGAAAUAUAUUGAGACCGAGCUGAAAAAGAAGAAAGGGUUGGUGGAAGCUGAGGAGCAGAAAGUUAAGGUGAAGAAUGCAGAGGACCACCUGUAUGAGCUGCCUGAGAACAUCCGAGUCAAUUCUGCAAAGAAGACAGAGGAGAUGUUGUCUAAUCAGAUGCUGAGUGGGAUCCCUGAAGUCGACCUUGGCAUUGAUGCAAAGAUAAAGAAUAUUAUCCAGACAGAGGAUGCAAAAGCCAAGCUUCUGGCAGAACAAAGGAACAAGAAAAAAGACCACGGCACGUCAUUUGUACCCACCAACAUCGCUGUCAACUACGUCCAACACAACCGCUUCUAUCAUGAGGAUGUGAACGCACCACAGAGGCACCACAGACACAGAGAAGAGCCCAAAGCCAGGCCGCUGCGUGUGGGAGACACUGAGAAACCAGGUCCAGAGGCUUCACCACCACCCAACUACCGCAAACGUCCAAACAACGAAAAGGCCACAGAUGACUACCAUUAUGAGAAGUUCAAGAAGAUGAAUCGACGAUACUGAUGAUCUGGAUGGUUCUUUCCCACCUGAAGACUAAAUAACUCAAUUUGUUGUCCAUCUUUUUGAAGAUGAAGUUACAAAUAUUAUUUGCAGGCUGGUUCAACUGUCAGAGGUCUGCAUAUUUUGUAAAUAUUGUAAAAAGCUCAUUGUGCUUAUUUGUUUACAGUACAUUUGCUUUGCCAUGUGUUAUGUUAAGGUAAUUCCACAUCACUGAGGUAAUCAUGUGGCUCUGGAUUGUCUGAUAUUCAAGGAAUACAGUGGCAAAGAAAUUGUUAAACUGAGGUGUAUUCCUGCUCUGAUUAUGAGAUAUUUGCUUUUUGACCCAGUUAAAUGUUGACUUUUAGUUGUAGAAUUUUGUUUUUAGGGCUUUUAAAAUAUUAAAAAAUACAAAACCACAAAA